GCGAACAAGUACUCGAACUUCGAACGCUCUCUUCCUUAGACCUACUUCCUUCCACACUUUCUCAUAUUGAUUGUUGUUGUCUGGCACUGGCACUGUGAACAGAAACAAAACGACUAUCAGCCAGCUGUGUGUGACUGUUCUUGAGAGAAGGAUAUAUGGCAGAAGGGUGCAACCACGGGCACAGUCAUGGAGGAGGUGGUGGGGGACACGGCCAUAGUCAUGGAACGCCCGAUGCAAGUGAUGCAGAAAAUUCAAAGGGUCUAGAAUUCAAUUUGUAUCUGAAAAUUGACAUGGACAGUCUUACUUGUUUGAACGAAGAGGACGAAGGCUCAGGGAAAACAGUCUUCAGGGCCUAUGAAAAAAGAAUGGACAGAUCCAAAUUUGUGGCAAGUGACGUGGAUGAAGAGCUGUUGUUCAACAUUCCAUUUACAGGGCAAGUCAAGCUGAAAGGUUUGCUCGUCAUCGGGGGAGAGCGAGAGACACACCCAAACAAAAUGCGCUUGUUCAAGAACCGUCCCAACAUGUCGUUUGACGAUGCUCGGGCCAAACCAGACCAGGAGCUAGAUGUCCAUGUGGACCAGGAAGGUGUCAUUGAGUACAAGCCUAUUGUGGCCAGAUUCAGUGAUGUGACACACCUAUCCAUCCACUUCCCGAGUAACCAUGGUGGUGCUGAAAGCACAGAAGUCUAUUACAUUGGGCUGAAAGGAGACUACAUGCAGGCCCAUCGCCAUGAAGUGACCAUCACAGCAUACGAGUCACGAGCAAACCCAGCUGACCACAAGACAAAUGCCCUGAACCAGGUCAACCACAUGAUCUCCUGAAGACCGUCUAUUGUGUUUUCCUGCGUUUGCAUGAGGUGUAGCUCUGUCAAAGCUUAGACGGAGGCCACAACAUAAUCAACACAUGAAAAUGGCUAUGAGGACUGCAAUGGUCUCCUUCCAAGGGCACAAUGCUCGGGUGAUUCAUUAACAUGCUGUUAUGCUAAGUGUUCCCUUAUCUCUGUGCAAACUCAGGAUAAAUUUUUUAAUGAUUUUUCUUUCUCUCGGAUGGUUUUUGAAUACGUUAAAGAUUACUUCCCUUUGUUUUUGAAAAUGCAGAGAAAAUAGCUUGCAUUUGUGGAUGUCACUGUAUUGUUUGGCUGAAAAGAGACUAAAUGCAAGUUAUUGGGGUUUUUUCUUUUUGUUUGUUUGUUUCUUUAGAAAGUAGGUGGAGGUUAGUAUUCUUGGACUUUUCUUCAAUGCCACAUUGCAAAAAUUUAAAGUAAGAUUCUGACUAUGGCCUUUACUCUACAAGUGAGUUCAUACAACCAGACACACAUGAGUCAAUCUUGUAAAUCCAACAUUAUAAUGACCAGUCAAAAAUGUUCUUUUGCUGAUAUAUCCCCCAACUUGUUAUGAGACUAAUAGUCAGAGGCCUGUUUUCAGAGGGGGUAACCUGGCGAUUCAUGUAUAAAAUCUCAGAGUGCAAAAGUGGUCUGCAGAGGUAUGAAAUGCCAUCUGUCGUAUUUGUUAUGUGGUGUGGGAAGGGAGAGGACAUUGCCAGGACUGCUGAUCAGGGAAAUCUGCUGCAUUUUCUUUUGCAGAUACUUCCUGCAAGUCUUGCUUAACCCAUCAUAAGCUUCUUAGCGCGUAGAUGUUCUCUCUUUUACUUUUACUACUUUAUGCUUACCCACAAAAUUAAACCCUUAGAUAUGUAGUGUGCUUGUAGAAUUUAAUAUUGAGCCUUAAUGUUUGGACAUAGAAAUUUAAGGAAAAUUUAAAAAACAGUGUCCCCGCUUCAAACGGGUGCCUCUACUAAAUCUUUUCAACCUGUAGAGAACUUAAGCAUGUGCCGAGUUGACAGGAAAUUCUUGCAAAAUCAGAAAAUGUACAGGUAGUCUGUAAGGUCAAGUAAAAACAUAAAAGCCUUUCUUUCUGUAGGCCUGUACUUUUUAAAAAGAUCUUCCAUACAAUUUUAUUAUUUUUCAUUCAUUCAUUUAUUUUUCUGAGGAGGGGGGGGGGGUAUGUUUUCCUUUAGUUGUUUGUUUUGGGGUAUUGUUCAUGUUUUGCCCUCUCUGGCUACUUGUGAACAUGCUCUUGAUGUGCCAAAGAAAAGGUUUUUUAUCAAGUCUUGAUGUUACUGCAAUGUGUCUCAUUUAUGCAUUUUUCUGUCUGGUUAUGUUUCCCAUAAAUUUGAUAUAUUUAUAAUGUAAAGCUGAAAACAAUGUAAUGCGGGUCACUUGUUAGUACAGUAGACACAUCAGCUUGUUACCAUGUUGGGUCACAUGUUCUCUUUGCUAUGUUUUCAUCCUUCCACGGCAGUGUGUUCACCAACCUGUGGAAUGAUUUCUUCAUCAUGCUGAAGGCCUUCUACGUGUUCUCUAGUCUGCUCCUUGUGUAUCAUUUUAUGCUACUUGUUUGUCAUUUUCUGUCUUGUGCCCCGUCCACUACUUUGUGAUCCUCGUUCACUAUUCUGUGCCACACUUUCAUAGAACAUAGAUUAGAUGAGUUAUGAGCAAAUUUGUGAAAGCUGUAAAGAGCACAGUAUGUGCUUUGAACAUUAUGUGAUGACACCUCUGCUCUGCAGACCUUUAUUGCUUUCAAUUUCAGUUUCAAGUAGAAGUUACACUUGUAGGGCCAUUUCCAGAGGAGAAAGAAUGGAAAUACUCUGUUGCUUGUGUGAUUUUUCCUUCUAGUUGGGGAAAAUAAGCAAAUCACAGAUUUUUAUGUCUGAUAUGCUCUUUAGAAUAUAUUAAGGUUUUUAUGAUGUUCAUUUUUUGUUUGACUUUGUUCUCCCUGCAAGAUUUAUUGCAAUAAAUGAAACGUUUGAAAUGCAU